GCGCCCCUGGCACUUCCUAGGAGACUCACAGCGCUUUCUCUGCAGCAGCCUUCACUAGAAGACUCCUGAGCUCCUCUUUGGAAGAAGAAGAAAGCCGCCCAUCCGAACCCGCUGUCCCUUCUGUCCCUCAUUCGCUCUCGCAAACCGCUCCUGCUUCCCAGCCUUUCCAUUGUGCUCUGCCUCCUGCACAAGACCUGCACCGCCUUUGUAGUGAGUGGGAAGAUUUACUUGAGGCUAUCCGAACCUCCCGCUGCAAUGGAGCUGUAUGGAAAGAUGGCCUCUGCCCAAGAUGCCCGGUUCGGCCAGAAAGAUUCCUCUUCUGACCAGAACUUCGACUACAUGUUCAAGUUGCUGAUCAUUGGCAACAGCAGCGUGGGGAAAACAUCUUUCCUGUUCCGCUAUGCGGAUGACUCCUUUACAUCUGCAUUCGUCAGCACAGUUGGCAUCGAUUUCAAAGUCAAAACUGUAUUCAAAAAUGAAAAGAGAAUCAAGCUUCAGAUUUGGGUGGUGCUGCACCACAUGGAGCCGGACAGAGCACAGCUCUGA